AUGUCGUCCUCUGACUUUCCACAGUUUCCAGACCUCGCAGCGGAGCUGAGGGCCAUAAUUUGGACUGAGGCAGAGCUACUCGAAAACCUCCCACCGCCGUAUGAUCCGAAUGAUCCCGGUUUUGCAAAGUACAUGGAUUACGAGCCCUUGGUAGACUGUCCUCCCAUUAUCGCCACCUGCUGUGAGGCGCGCCAGGCGACCAUCAGAUAUUUCCAUGAAGCCUCGGGGAGGAGCAGCCGACGCUACAGAUAUUUACCCGCCCGACUGCUCCGCCUUGGCGAGUUAGAGGAGCACCAAGUAAGGGAGCCUUUCGGACCUAUUUUACUAUCACAGCCGCUUCCAGCUGAGAAUGGAGAUGUUGAGGAAAGGUGGACGCCCGAGAAAAGGAGAACAACUUGGGAAAUAUCGAAUGGACGAUUUGCCAGCCCGGCACAUCUUGUCAACGUCAUCUCCAACUUCAUCAGCGGAGGCACAGAGGUUGAACCCCUGGUGCUUGACUUCAUCUUGGGAGACGCAGAUCCCUACCCGGAUCGAGACACUCUUGAGGACGUCAAGUUCCAUUAUAUAGGGGAGAUGUAUCAAUCCGUCAUCGAUGAUACGAUUCUAGACAUAGCACAGCCCCCUCCGGGUGCAUACCCGGUCAUGUUCAUUUCUAAAUAUCGAAAAAUUCGUGCGGCGGCGGAAUCUUCAAUAUUUAGGGACACAGAGCUCAAGCUCCACCUGCUAAGAAUCAUGGAUUUGUUCGAUGCAUCGCGGGGUCGACUACCAAGAAUGAAGCACGUCAAGGUAAAUUGUACAGCUCUGUACUUCGAUGUGGAAGACAUCGAGUGGGUUCCCGGGCUCGACUGGGUCAUGUUCGAGUGUAAACUGGAGGGAGACCAUGUGUUUGGAUGGUUUACAAGGUAUGAUGGGCACUGAAAGGAGAAAGAAAUGUGUGCGGCAAUGGCAAUGUAGAAUUCAUGGAGGUAGCGUCGUUUUGGAAGAAAAGCCAUGCGCAUGUAUUCUAGCUUGAAAAUAUUAUAUGGGU